AUGAUGAAGAUAUACUAUUACUUAGAUGUAUUUGAGGUUGGAUAUUAAAUAAAAAAACAAUAUUAUGGUUAUUAAAUUUUUAUUUUUUUCUUAACUUUGAUAGUUCAUACCUUUAAUAUAUAGAAAAUUUCUUUAUUAACGACUUUCAGUUCUAAAAAUUAUCACAUUAAACUUAUUAAUAAUUACUGUUUUAUUAAAACAUUUUUAUCAUUUUUAUUAAUAAAUUUUUAAAUGUCUUAAAAUAUUAAUACUACCUACUAAGAGAUUUUGAUUGUUAAUAUUAAAUCCUAACUUAUUUAAAAUCAAUAUUAUACAAUGAAUAUAAUACAGUAGUGUAAACAAAAGUAUUAAGAUCAUUAUUAAAUAAUUUUAAUGAAACAAAUGAAUAAAAUGCUACAAAACAUCUAAUUAAAUGAAUUCAUGGAAAUCGAUGAUUAAAAGUAAAUAAUCCAUUAUGCUAUGGUAAUUGUAGAUAAAUUUUUAUUUUAUUCUAGUAUAUAAUAUAAUCUCAAAAUCAAAGAUAGAGUAGAAAUAAUAAUUGAAUCAUUUUAUUAAAUAUAAUAUAGUGUUUUAUUUUAAGAAGUCAGAACAAUCUAAAAUGAAGUUCAAUUAGUAAUGAUUGUCAGAAAAAUGUUUAUGAAGUGA